CAUUCCACUCGUCAAAAUUCCCGCUUCCCUGGACCAUCUCAUUUCCUGAUUCGUCACUUCCCUCUGCAAACUCCUGUCCACUCACAGCCCAGUCGUUGCCAACCGCCUGUAACAGCGUGUCACGCCCUCCUCUCGUCGCCAUCCCUCCGACUCUCCUCGUCGACUCCGCACCAACUCGUCUCCUGCGCCCAGUCACGAAGUUGUCAAGAUGUCUUCACCAUCAUCCAGUGUGCGAAAGCGUAGCAGGAGCAGCAACCCCCCUACUCCUGCAAGUGAGGGCCCUCUCACUCCACGGCCCAGAGCAUCCCAGGAGUCUUCAACAGGGGACUUGCAGCCCAUGCCCACUUCACCUGCCACAGAUAUGCAAAGUCCUGUCCCCCAUGACAAUUCUCUUUUCUCCAGCCCUAUGCCGCGCCCAUCUGUCCCACAGAGCGAACCUGACAUGAGCUCUCCACUUAUUUAUGAUACCCCAAGCCGUGGAACUCCUGCACGUCAACGACCUGAUCUGGGCUCAGUCAGGAAAGCCCCACAGGUGGAUCUGCACUCUGAGCCACCCUCGGGAGAUGCCGCAGUCGCCAGUGAACAGAAUGUUGGCCAAAGACUUGUCAUCUGGGGCACUGAUGUCAACGUCGGAACAUGCAAGGAGAAGUUUCAGCGUUUCCUGCAGCGAUUUAUUGACCCCACAUCACAGGAGGAUGACAAUGCUAGUCUGAAUCUAAAUGAGCCGCUGUACUUGCAGAAGUUGGAUGAGAUCAGUGUUGUUGGGGAGCCUGUGUUGAAUGUAAACUGUGGCCAUAUUCAGACCUUCGAUUCUGACCUGUACCGUCAGCUCAUCUGUUAUCCUCAGGAAGUAAUCCCCACCUUUGACAUGGCAGUCAAUGAGCUGUUUUUUGACCGCUUCCCUGAUACUGUCCUAGAGCACCAGAUCCAGGUGCGUCCCUAUAACGCCCUGAAAACCAGGAACAUGCGCAGCCUCAAUCCUGAGGACAUUGACCAGCUCAUCACUAUAAGUGGCAUGGUGAUUCGCACAUCACAACUGAUUCCAGAGAUGCAGGAGGCAUUUUUUCGUUGCCAGGUGUGUGCAUUUAGCACACGUAUUGAGGUGGAUCGUGGGCGCAUUUCUGAGCCUGCUGUGUGUCGUAAUUGCAACACCACUCACAGCCUGGCACUGGUACACAACCGCUCUGCCUUUUCUGAUAAACAGAUGAUCAAACUGCAGGAGUCACCAGAGGACAUGCCUGCUGGUCAAACACCUCACACCACAGUAGUGUAUGCUCACAAUGACCUGGUGGACAAAGUACAGCCUGGAGAUCGUGUUAACAUCACUGGUAUUUACAGAGCUGCUCCCAUGCGCGUAAACCCAAGGCAGAGCCAGGUAAAGGCUGUGUACAAGACCCAUAUAGAUGCGAUUCAUUUUCGCAAGACUGAUGAGAAGCGUCUACAUGGCCUGGAUGGGGAGAAUGAGCAGAAGCUUUUUACUGAGGAGCGUGUUGCAACACUUAAAGAGCUUGCAUCUAAGCCAGACAUAUAUGAGCGCCUCUCUUUAGCCCUUGCACCUAGCAUCUAUGAGCAUGAGGACAUCAAAAAGGGAAUCCUGCUGCAGCUGUUUGGUGGUACACGAAAGGAUUUUAGCCAGACAGGACGUGGAAACUUCCGAGCUGAAGUUAAUAUUUUACUGUGUGGAGAUCCGGGCACAAGCAAGUCACAAUUACUGCAGUAUGUGUACAACUUGGUGCCACGUGGCCAGUACACAUCAGGCAAGGGCUCAAGUGCAGUGGGUCUUACCGCCUAUGUAAUGAAGGAUCCUGAGACACGGCAACUGGUUCUGCAAACUGGUGCACUUGUACUCAGUGACAAUGGUGUAUGCUGCAUUGAUGAAUUUGACAAGAUGAGUGACAGUACACGCUCAGUGCUGCAUGAAGUCAUGGAACAGCAAACACUCUCCAUUGCCAAGGCUGGAAUUAUUUGUCAGCUGAAUGCACGGACCUCUAUUCUAGCUGCAGCAAAUCCUGUGGAAUCACAGUGGAACCCCAAGAAAACAACUAUUGAGAAUAUCCAGCUCCCACACACACUCCUUUCCAGAUUUGAUCUAAUCUUCCUGAUGCUGGACCCCCAGGAUGAGGCAUAUGACAGGCGGCUGGCUCACCACCUAGUUUCUUUGUAUUACCAGAGUGAGGAGCAAAUACAGGAGGAGUAUCUUGACAUGACUGUUUUGAAGGACUACAUUGCCUAUGCUCGCACUUACAUCAACCCCAGACUAAAUGAAGAAGCAAGCCAGGCACUUAUUGAGGCCUAUGUGGACAUGAGAAAGAUCGGCAGUGGCAGGGGGAUGGUUUCCGCUUACCCAAGGCAGCUGGAGUCUUUAAUCCGACUUGCAGAGGCUCAUGCCAAAGUUCGUUUCUCUAAUAUAGUGGAAACCAUUGAUGUGGAGGAGGCCAAAAGACUCCACAGGGAAGCUCUAAAACAGUCUGCAACUGACCCCAGAACAGGCUUUGUGGAUAUUUCCAUUCUUACUACAGGCAUGAGUGCUACAGCCCGGAAGCGUAAGGAGGAAGUAGCACAGGUCCUCAAGAAACUCAUCCAGGCUAAGGGCAAAACGCCAGCAAUGAAGUACCAGCAGCUAUUUGAUGAUCUCCGUGCCCAGUCAGAAGCUGCUAUCACAAAGGACAUGUUUGAUGAAGCACUCAGAGCACUUACUGAUGAAGACUUUUUAACAGUCACUGGAAAAACUGUGCGUCUUCUGUAAAUAUGCACUGUACAAUAUCCUGAUAUACUGCUGCCUUUUGGUAAAGUAAUAAUUGUGAUAUUUUUUUGUAUGUAAUUUUCUGAUUAAAAUGGUGUAGUGCUGGU